AUGGUUUGCGCGCGCGCGUUGCUUGAUCCCGUCGGAGUUACAUCUAUGGCUUCAGACAAAAAUGUAGAGCAAGGGGAUCAAAUCAUUGUUUCGGAAUUUUGCCAUUUAUUAGAGAAGUCAAAACAAUUAUUUAACGGAUUGCGUGACUUGCCUCAACAUGGUCAUAGACAGUGGAAGGUUUAUUUUGGCCGUACGUUCGAUGUGUACACCAAGUUAUGGAAGUUUCAACAACAACAUAGACAAAAAUUAGACGAACUGUAUGGACUCAAACGAUGGCAAAUCGGUGAGGUUGCCUCAAAAAUUGGCCAGUUAUACCACCAUUAUUAUUUACGCACUAGUGACCUUCACUACCUAAAUGAAUCGUUCGCUUUCUUCUCAGCAAUUCGAACUCGGGAUUAUUACUCCAAAGCCAAUAAAGAAGAAAAACCUGAUCUGAUGAUUAAGAAACUGCGUUAUUACGCUCGUUUUGUACUAGUAUGUCUUCUUCUAGGGAAAAUGAAAUUGGCAAAUGAAUUAAUAAAAGAAUUCUCUAAGCAAAUUGAUGAGUAUAUCGAUAUUUAUGACGCUGAUGAUCAUUUGGGAUGGGUUACGGUGAUACAAGAAAUGAAAGAUUUCGUGGACGGUAACUCAAUCUGCGAAAUUGUUGACUGUGAUACACCACAAAUUUACACAUCAAAACGACUAAACGCUUUGAAUACUCCACAAAUAGACAGACAUGAAUUGGGUCAUCUACAGCUAUCCGAAGUACUGAUCAUUGGGAAUUGCUACGAUCAAAUCCGAUUUAGUGAAUUAUCAUUAGAUAUGUACCGUAUGCUGCAAACAUUCGAACGUGAUCCUAGAGGUCAGGUUUUGAACAGUCGCAAUUCUAGACUUAAUGUAGUAGACGGUUUGGAAAAUGGUGUUUCUUCAAGUUAUCCUCUUGAUUUGCCCGAAGUGACAAAUCCUCAUAAGUAUUUAUUAUACAAACCUACAUUUUCACAGUUUAACUCAUAUGUUGCUACGGCAUUCAAAGAACUUCCUGCUUCCGGUGCACUAUUAUUAUACAUAUCAGCGGAUGGUGUUCGAGCUCCCACUGCAAAAACCAACAAUGAAUUGAAUGUAGGAGCGGCUGGUUACGAUUAUGGAGGAGUUGUUACAAACAACCGACAUGAACAAGAAUACAGCGUUAAACCAAAAAGACUAGAUUUCAAAGAACCUCACUGCAUCCAUCCUGGUGAUCUCCUACCCUACACACGUAGACCUCUGUUUGUUAUUGUUGACAGUGAUAAUAGUGCAACAUUUCGAAAUAUUCCUAAUCUCUUUGGACAACCAUUUGUAUGUCUUCUUUCACCUAAAGUUAUCCCGGAAAAAUUGGAAAGUCAACGACACCGAGGAAAUCUGUUCACAUUAUUCUUACAUUGUCCCUUAACUGCAUUUUGUCUAACGUGUAAUUUAACUAAAAUUACCCUAAAAACAUGGGAUCGAGCACAAAGUAUUAUAGAUUCUUUCCUCACUGAAUGCUAUCAAGUUCUGAUGCGUUCACGAAGCUUAGAUUAUUCUUAUCAACAGUUUCUUUCGGAUGAUUUCCUUCGAAUAAUAAUACUACGAUAUUGUUUCUGUAAUAUUGUUCUACAACUUCAUCGAAGUUUUCAUGGACCAUCUUUUUAUCCGUCGUGUUCCCCUUCACUUCCAGGAUCCGAAUUAAUUGAUUGUCGUGUAUUGCACAAACUGAUUACUGAGUUAGCAUCACUUUUUGACUGUCGAGCACUUUUUGCUACUGCAGAUGACUACACCAAAGAUUGA